CAAUAGAUGUUUCGAACAAAACUGAAAGUUAAUCUUAAAAUAGACUAUAUAAUGAACACAUUAUAUAAAUUUUUCAUAGAAAUUAGUGCUGGGAUAUUUUUAUUAUCGCCGUCAAACUUUCCAACUGCACUAAAUGGACGCGAACAGGCGAACUGACCCUACUUCUAUUAUCUCAAGGGAUGCAACUCCAAAAAUAAUGUAGCAUAUCCUUUUUUAUUUGUUAUCGACACAACGAUAUUAAACACAACCGUAUUUAAUAUCAUUGAAUCAACAGCCUAAAUGUUGAUUUUUAUAUUUCUAAGUCCAGAAAUACCGAAAUUUCAUACAUAUUUUCAUCACUUCAUUUCAACUUAGACUUUUUUGCAAAAGCGUUGAAAUACUAAAGCAAAAGUGUCGUGUUUUCCGCAGAGCAAACUUAUGUUUUGAGAACGCACAGUGUUUCAUAUAGUGUAGACAGAUUUUUUUAAGAGUGAAAAUAAACUUAAAAGUCUUAUGGCAGUAAUAGUAAUGUACUUACAGAAUGAAAAAAAUCUUGUAUAAUGAUUUUGUUAAAUACUAGAGGGUGCCCUCGACUUCGGAUGCGUGGAAAAUUUGGUUUUCCAUACAAACCCUUUUGACCCUUCAUAUAAAUCGGUUCAGCGGUUUGAGCGCGAAUAGGUAACAGACAGAUACACUUUCGCAUUUAUUAUUAGAAUGAAUUUAUUUGAUGCAUAAAACUGUUAGAUUUUUUAAAUGUAAUAAAAAUGUUGCUAGAAAAGGAAUCAAUAUCAAAGAAACCAGCACUUUUCGCUAUCCAGGAUUUUAGAUAAAGCCGCUUUAUAUUGAAUAUAAAUUUUAUAUUGAUUAAUGUUAUUGAAACGUGCUGAUUUUUUGAUAUUGUUAUUGUUCUUUUUUAUGUCUGUCGCUUUCUCCGUUUUAUACAGAAAUUUCGCCAAUGUCCAGUAGUGAGAGAGCCACGAGAAAGACUGCUCGGUAGAACGGAUUAUGGUGAUGAUAUAAAGUAAAUAACAGAAUAAACGUUCUUCCUUGAGCGUUUCACUUUUCUGAUUGAUUCUUUUAUUAUAGCCCAUACUAUAAUGUCAAAUUGACAUUGACGUUUUGACACUUUUCUGUAAAAUUGAGAUUUAGCAAAAAUGCUGCAUAAAAGUCCAGAAAGAUUUUAUAUCGUGCGCCCCGUAUCCAGGGAGGUUGCCGCUACGCGUCUUGGAAACCAAGCGCGGCUCGUUCGAUUCAAAAUAAAACGUCAACAGCGCCUAACCGGCUUUGCUCGCGGUUAGACGCGCGUUACUUUGCCGCUCCGGUUUAUCGUGAUCGAGAAAAAAAAAGAAUCAUUUGGCGGGAAAACUAUAUAUUUUUUUAAUUCUAAAGUGGUCUUGGACUUUCAUCGUUAUUAAUCCUAUACUAUAAUUUCAUAACAUUUGUGUUAACGCGCAGUUUCAAAGUGCCGAUAUUAUUUCUUUUUUUUUAUUGAUAAAACAUUAUAAAAUAUUGCUUCGAACUGUGACUGUUUGAUUCGUGAUAAAAGUUUAGUGUGGGGGAUUAUUUAAGUUCGACUUAGCAAUAGCUGUGAAUAGAAAAACAGAAGGUGUGAAUAAGUAAGUUCUGUUCGGAAUAAAAGCGGAACUUUUUUGUGGACAACCCUUUUUGACAUGACGCUUUUACUCCGUCCUUUGCCGCAUUAUCGGAAACCGCGACCGCUAUCGCGCGACCGCCAGUGAUGGUGUCCAAGAUGGCGGCGCCCGCGCACGUGCAGCACCCGCGAGACGCCGAGCUGCGCCCGCAGCACUCCAGGGAUGACUCGAGGGACUCCGGGAUAUUCCACACCACUAAAGGACUGUGGAACGCGCCGGGACUGAACAAUUGCUUCCUCAACAGCGCUGUGCAGGUGCUCUGGCAUCUGGACAUAUUCCGGCGCAGCUUCCGCGAGCUGACGGGGCACGCCUGCCUCGGUCCGUCGUGCAUUUUUUGCGCGUUGAAGGAGCUGUUUACGCAGCUGCAAUGGUCAGCGGAGCGCGCCCCAGCUGCGGACAGCUUACGACGUGCGCUGGGUGGCGUAGGCGCGAGGUUCCAGCUGGGCUGUAUGGCCGAUGCCAGCGAAUGCUUCGAGCACCUCCUCCUGCGAGUCCACGCCCAUGUUGCCGCUGGCGGAGACAGAAGAGAAGACGAUGCCUGCAGAGCGCCCCAUUGCGUACCGCAUAGGAAAUUCGCCAUGAUGCUUGUGGAACAGUCAGUUUGUGGCGCCUGCCAGGCCACCUCCGAGCCCCUCCCAUAUACUCAGAUGGUGCAUUACGUCUCAGCAACAGCUUUAACAACGCAAGCAGCGCUGGGAGAGCACGGCGACAGCUUCGGGCUGUUGCUUAAGAAGGCUGGUGGAAUGGGCGACAUCAGAGAUUGCCCAAAUGCAUGUGGGGCCAAAAUACAAAUUUGCCGAACGCUUAUGAAUCGUCCUGAAGUAAUAUCCAUCGGCAUGGUUUGGGAUUCAGAGCGGCCUGCAGCAGAGGACGUAGCCGCAGUAUACGCUGCCCUCGGUACAGAGCUGCUACCCACCGACGCCUUCCACGAGUGCGUGGACCGCGGCUGGGCGGCACGUGCCACGCUUCGCCUCGUCGGGCUCGUCACGUACUAUGGCAAACAUUACUCCACCUUCUUUUUCCAUAGCAAACUCCGGCUAUGGAUAUACUUCGACGAUGCUGACGUAAAAGAAAUCGGCCCUGAAUGGGGACAUGUAGUCGACAAAUGCCGCCGGGGACGAUUCCAGCCUCUCUUAUUAUUGUAUGCAGCAGUAGAUGGUACUCCUUGUGAUACUCGUUAUGCUCCAAAGGAAAUAGUUCCCUUUCCUGCCCCGGAGCCUCGACGAGCCAUCACGCCGGCACCUGAACGACCGAACUCAAGUUUUGCGCGGCGCGCUGUUACUCCGGGGCCCGACAACGAAAAUGACUACGUUAGUAGGAAGACGGUCGAAAAUAUGUGGGAGGCUAAUCGGCGCGCUCAAUUAGGCCGGAGUCUCAGUACGGGUUCAGCUUCGGAUUCGCAAGACAGACCGCGCGUGCGACGGGACUCUGGCAACUGGAGUGGUGAUCGCAACAGUGCAUCAUCAGCGUCUUCAUCCACUUUUGAAAGCCCCUAUAUGUACACUAAGGGCCGAGGACCUGGAAGCGUACCCGGAAGCCCCACGCGUAAGGGUGAACUAUCCAGUGGUGGAUCUUGUGAUGCUGGUUAUGACUCAUACUCGUUAUCGUCAACAGACAGUCUGCCAUUUCAACAAGUUCUUCGGCAUAACCCUCCCAUGAUGCAAAUACCGGAGUUAAAAACUGCAGACACUUGUAAAGCUUUAUGUGCAGAAGCUGAUAGGCUAUUAGAUAAGUCUCGACAAGCUGAGAAUGUUGCAGAUUUUGAAAAGGCUUUGAUUUUAUGUGAUGCUGCGGCAUCCAAAGCUAGUGCUGCCAUGGAUGCUUCAUUUAAUAACGCUCACACUAUGACUUUUGCUCGAAUGAAGCACAAUACUUGCAUAAUGCGUGCUAGGAGUCUUCAAAGGCGAUUAGCAGGUGCAUCACGUAUAUCGGAAUCUCAACAAACGGUACCCGUGAGAAACACAAAAGGUGGUCUCGAAACUGCACCGUCUACUAUCGAGAUUUAUGCAACGUUGCCUAAGAAGAAGGGUUCAUCUAAAAAAUCUCCUAAAUGUAUCGAAGAUGAUAUUGACAAUCCACCACGUGAACGUCCACCCAGACAUAAAUCUCGAGAUGAAGAAAAAGGUAGAGAAAAACGAUCCAGAAGUGAAGAUCGUGGUAGAGCCAGGAAAGAAGCCCCGAUUGCUGCAGAAAAAAAAGAAGAAGUUGUUGAAGAUAAGAAAGCGAAUAAAAAGCAACACAAAAUACGUAGAAAGCUAUUGAUGGGAGGUUUGAUUCGAAGAAAAAACCGAUCUAUGCCAGAUUUAACAGAAGGAGCCGAUGGAAACAAUGAGAACAUUAAUGCUGAGAAACGAGUUUCAUCCGUGGACGACGGUGAUGUAGGGAGGCGAAAGGGUGACGAUAAAUCUAAUUUAAGUGGCUAUUUAUCAGAAGGUCAUCUAGAAUAUUCUGCAGCUAGCGGUACAAAUCCCAAUCUUGAGAGGAGUAAGUUAAUGAGAAAGAGCUUCCACGGAAGCGCUGUAAAGAUCCGUAAGGUGCCACCACCGCUGCCACAGAGAACCACUUCCCAGCUUAGCGGGUCUAAGUUUGAUUCAGAAGUGAUCGAUCAUGAUAUACAGUCCCGUCCACAACAGCCUUUGCCUCACACAAAUCACACAGAAUACUCAUACUCACAAGACGUUGAAGAAGACGGUGGAUUUUCCGAGCAGUAUGGCGAAGAGCCACAAUCGUUGCCGUUCUUACCCUCUUAUGAUGGAAAGCCUGUGAAUCAAUUUAACACACUAGAUGAUUCGCCGCCACAAAACUUUCACACUGUUGUAACAAAAGCUAUGAUUCACCAGGAACAGAGUCCAGUGAAACGAGAGAUUAUGCCUUCAAUUCAACCCUCUCACAAUAAUAUUCAAAAUUUAAGCAGCGCCUUCGAUAACGGAGUUGACGUCGUCGACUGUGCGAUGCCUUCUAGAAGAUCUCCGCAAUUAUUUGAACUGCCACCAUAUCCUAGCCCUAUGAACUCUGUCAACCACUCGAGACAACCCAGUGAAGAGUUUCCUCCUCCACCGCCGCCUCUUGACUUGACUCCUCUUCAGGAAGAGCUUAGUAAUUUACAAAAUAAUAGUAGAGAUAUUGAUAUAGUUAACAAUAAUGAAAUCAAUGCUCCUAAAGGGUCAUUAUUAGCACAAUUGCAAGAGAAAAGGAAUCAAAUUCUCAGAAAUGAAGAAUGUCUUUCAAAGUUUAAUCAAUUAGAAAAUAUUAAUACAACAGGAGAUACAUGGCUAAAAGAAUUACAGGCUAAACAAGCUGCACUCAAAUUAAAACGAUCUGGAUCUAUCGAAGGACAGCUAUCUAGCCAUACGGAUAACAUAAAUACUGUCAGAAGCUUGGCAUCUAGAUUUGAAAAUAGUACUCAACAACUCGCUUCUGAUGUAGAAAGAACUCAUAUUGGAUUCGUAGGCAUGAGCGGUAAUAGAGACGUGAUCAAUUGUUCCAACCAGUCUAACUCUGGUUUGUAUAAUAGGAGAGCAUCUUCAUCUUCGAUAGAUCCCAAGCAAAUAGAAGAUGAUUAUAGUGACCAGAAAAUUAACAACAACAACUCCUAUAACGAUAGAUCUAAACAGAAAAAGAAGUCUGUUUCCUUCUGUGAUCAAGUGAUUUUAGUAUCUACCGCUGAAGAUCAAGAGGAUGAUAGUUACAUACCUAAUCCUAUUCUAGAAAGAGUAUUGAAAUCUGCUAUGAGUAAACCAGAGCUAACUACGAUGCCACUUCAGUCAGAAAAACCUUCAUUGCAGAGAACAGAAUCGUUCGACAGCCAGUCGUCACGAUCAACAAUAUCAUCGCUCUCCCAGAAUUCCUUCGUCCCUAACGAAAGCAGUCAAUCCGAUUAUGUGCGAUUACAAAAUACUUACCCAACAUAUCAAAGUGCCCCGGUUCGACCACAACAACAACAAUAUAAUGCACAAAAGAGUUCUGGGGUUUACGGUACUAGCGGUCCCGUCCAGCAGACCCAUAAUCAAAAUAACUCUACCAAUAGUCAAAUAUAUCAAUCACUUCCAAAUAAUUCGUUACCAAAUACGACAAACCCAAUUCCAUACACUCAGCCGCCGCCAGUUUUUCAAAACCACAGCGCUAGCCCACCGAACUUCAGUCAAAACCCUGCUAACCGACUUACACCGACGGCACACAAUCAUCCUUACAUGACCAAACACAAUAAUCUUCAACGACCUGUGCCUAACACAUACCCGCAUCCACCGAGCCAGCUGCACCCAAUCAACCAGCCUCAGAAUAACGCUUACUAUCACCGACUACCUCAGCAUACGACCACCGCAACUCCUCCUAACGCAAACUACAAUGCAAACCGACAGUAUAACCAGAGUCUGCCUAGCAACUCAUCGCCGUACCAAAGUGUGCCCACCAAUUCGCCGGCUUAUUCGAGCUACCACAACCCACCGACAAGCUACGCUAGCUCCGAGUACUCUAGUCGUUACCCGGCGACCAACACGAACCACUAUGGUGCUGCACCAUCACCGUACCAGAGGGUACCUCCGCCACACGGUGAAGUGUCUCAAGAUAACUACUCCACUAAUGCAACAUAUCAAAAAGUGCCCAACAACUAUUACCACGAUAACAAUUCUAAUCAAACACGCGUACCCGAAAUUCGCCACUAUGCUAAUUCGCAGCAACAGAGACCAAUGUACAAUCAAAAUGCGGAGAGCCCAGUAAACAACGACACUUUAGCCCAGUUUCAGUUCAAUCAAAACGGUUACAAUCCUUACCAACACAUACCACCACCGAAGCAGAUGCAGAAAAAGUCUGUUUCUUUCGAGCCCGGCACGAAAGGCGGCACUGACUCCCCUGUGCCACCACAAAUGGCUAACAAUCCAUAUCCCAUUGACCAUCAGACCAAUAUGAGCUUGGCAGGUCAGAAAGCGCCAUGUAAUUUAUGUCGAAAGAAACAAGUCAAUUCUCCAGCGUUGUACUGCCCAGACUGUGACUUCUAUAUGUCAAGGUUUAAACCCCACUCGUAGCUAUUAGUGUUCUCAUAAUGUACAAAAUGAACAUAGUGUUUUUAGAUAAUGAAUCAACGAAAAAAUGUAAAGAUAUUAAGUAAUAUAACUUUAAAAUUUAGCCCGAUAUGAAUGUAAAUGAUUAGUUUUUAAAUAUAAAAUUGACUGAUCUCAAGUGAGGAUUUGAAAAUGAGCAUGUGAGCUGCACAAAAUGGUGUAACUCGUGGUUUUGUAUGUUAAAAAAUUCUAUAUAAAAUAUUAUGAUGUAAUGAGGAAAUUGUAUCUAUCUAUUAAGAUUAAAAAUACAUUUAAACAAAAC